AUGUCAGUCUAUGCUCCUAAUCAGCCACAAGAUAUAAGAAACCGUACUGUUGAGUUUCAACAAUGUGUUAAUACAUUUAACAAGAGAAAUAAAGCACAUCAAUUUAAUCAACAAACCAAUACAACACAACAACCAUUGAUUAAAAGAUCAGAAUUCCAAUCUAGAGCUUCUAAUAUUGCUAAAGAUAUAUCACAUACCUCGGAUCUAUUGGGAAAACUUGCCCUAUUAGCUAAAAAGAAACCAUUAUUUGAUGAUAAACCUAUUGAAAUAUCAGAAUUAACUUAUGUUAUAAAACAAGAUAUUGUUAAAAUUGAAAAAAAUUUAAAAAAUUUACAAGAUUAUUUAAAAACUGGUAAUGAAUCAUCAAAUGAAGAAUUGAAAACAAAUUCUAAAAAUAUUGUUCAAUUAUUAAAUACCAAAAUGAAAAAUGUUAGUGGUAAUUUUAAAGAAGUUUUAGAAACAAGACAAAAAAAUGAAAUGGAAAAUAGAUCAAGAAAAGAGAAAUUUUUUUCCACUUUACAACAACAACAACAACAAAAUGGUCAAGCUACUACAUUCCAAUCAGAUAAUCCAUUUUUAAAUGAUCCAGCAAUAAAUGGAAAUGGUGGUAUUCCUGGGAAUGGGAAUGAAGAAAAUAAUGCAUUAUUAUCAUUACCUCAAGAUCAACAAUUACAAUUAUUAGAAGAACAAUCAUCACAAUAUUUACAAGAACGUCAUAAUGCAGUAGAGACUAUUGAAAGUACCAUUAAUGAAGUUGGUAAUUUAUUUCAACAAUUGGCUACGAUGGUUAGUGAACAAAGUGAAGUUAUUCAAAGAAUUGAUAAUAAUGUUGAAGAUAUAGAUUUAAAUAUUCAAGGUGCUCAAAGAGAAUUAUUUAAAUAUUUUAAUAAUAUAAGUAAUAAUAGAUGGAUGUUUUUAAAAAUUUUUGGGAUUUUAAUUAUUUUUUUCAUUUUAUGGAUCCUGGUUAAUUGA